UAAUUACGGAAUCCUGUAAGGGUCGGUAUUGUGGCUCCACCGACCCAGAGCGGAAAAGCUUUUCGCUGGCAAGGAAAGUUGAAGAUUUAAAUAGCCACACAAGACCCCACGGAGCCCCCCCAACCCAAACCCAAAGCCUCCAAUCUCUCUUUAUCUCUUUCUCUUUCUUUUUUGUUUAUUUUUUUUUCUUUUCUCCCCCGAUUUUUUUUUUUUUUUUUUUUCAAAAUUAUUCUUCGACUAUCUCGUAAUAAUCUCCCGGAUUAGGGAAUUAUCUGGUUCGAUUUUGUGACUGAAGAUCGGCCAAGGCAACCAGGUGAGAGGUUUCGUGUUAUCUGUAGAAUUGAAUCGAUUGUGUCGUGGUUUUAGGAUUAACAAAGAUGGACUCUCACGAUGAAACUGGAUGCCAAGCUCCAGACCGCCCCAUCCUUUGCAUUAAUAACUGUGGCUUCUUCGGAAGGGCAGCUACAAUGAAUAUGUGUUCCAAAUGUUACAAGGACAUGCUUCUAAAGCAGGAGCAGGCCGAUCUGGCAGCAACAUCCAUUGGUAGCCUUGUGAAUGGCAAAAAUAGUGGCAUUGGCCCUGUUGUUGCUAAUGCUGUUGAUGUGCAAGCUGGACAAGUUGAGGCAGUGGUUAUUUCAACUGAGCCAUCUUGUGGCUCAUCCUCAAGCAAAGUUACUGAUGAGGUGAAAGAAAUAGCGGGACCAAAGAGAUGCACUACUUGCCGAAAGCGUGUUGGUCUAACUGGGUUCAAUUGCAAAUGUGGAAACACCUUCUGUUCAACUCAUCGCUAUUCUGACAAACAUGACUGCCCUUUUGAUUAUAGGACUGCUGGUCGGGAUGCUAUUGCUAAAGCCAAUCCUGUUGUCAAGGCAGAGAAACUUGAUAAGAUCUAGGAGUCAUGUGCUGAAGUGAAGAUUUAUGUAUGAAAUGAUGACGCUUCUCUUUCUUGGCUUGUUCUCUUGUUAGGUCCUAUGGUAGAAAUGCUUAAGUCAUGAUAACGAGGCCAUCAUAUAAGGAAAUCCUAUAUUCCUUGUUGGUGAAAUAUUCCUUUGCUUGUUCCAGUGUGUAAGUCUUUGGAUUGCUGGUUUGAUGAACUUCGUUGGAGUUAUUUUGCUAUGUAUUGCCGUUUGGUAUCCAUUCCUUUGUGGCAAUUAAAUGGAAAUAUGUAGUUUGCAGCUUUAAGUUUGGUAGUUCUAUCA